AAUCACGUGCGGAGGAAGGGCUGUAGGAAGGUAUCCUCCGUGCCUCCGCAUAGGAAAGGCUCCCGCGCAACACCUGAUCUUCGGGGACUGUGUUCGGCAGGGCGAUGUGCACGUGUUUCCGAACAGAGAACUUCGAAGUCGAGGAUGGAGAGGACCCUGCAGACGAUGAAGAUCUCAGAAAGCUCCCGCUGACUGUGAUCUUGCGAGGCAUGUCUAUGGGUACAGUCAUGUACAAGGUCCGAACCCCGGAUCGCUGGUACCGUCGGAAGUACCGGGUAGAUCUGCAGAAUUUACGCCUCUCCUACUCCCCUUCGUCCAAGUCAGCUUUCUGGAGAGGAAGCACUGCCUGUGUUGGAUGUGCUUCUGUUGAAUCAAACGUGGUGGAUUUGUUUAAUUUGGAGGAGGUACGCAAAGGAUGGAAUUCAGAUGUCUUCAACAAAUUAGAAGCUAAAAUGCGUAAGAAAUUGCAGAGUACUCUCCAUCCACAUCUGAGAUCGAGGCUUAAGGAAGAGAAUUGCUUCUCGUUAAUAUUCGGUCCUGGGGGAGGGGUUGUCGACCUGAUAGCCCCCAAUGAGCCAGCUAGAGAUGCAUGGGUACGCGGCAUCAGCUACCUCAUUGCAGGAUGCAAGCACGUGCAAGCACAACACGACCAUGACAGAUGGCUCCGAGAACAAGUUCGAAAGGCGGACGUGAACGGGAAUGGGAGCUUGAAUUUUGAGGAAUGUUUGGGGCUCCUCAACAGACUCAACAUCCACAUGAGAAGAAAAGAAGCACGGAAACUCUUUGAUGCUUCAAAUUUCCGGAAGGUGAAAGUGGAUGGUGAAGAAGCCCUCGAGCCGGAUGAAUUCGUGAAUUUCUAUCGAAGUCUCAGGCAUCGGCCUGAACUCCUGCAGCUCAUGAACAAGUACUCUGUGAGUAAAUCAGAAUUGUGGAGUGCUGAAGAACUGCGAAACUUUCUCUCCCAAGAGCAAAAGAUGUUAUUGAAUAUGGAUGAAUGCGAUGCUCUCAUAGAGGAAUACGAACCCAAAGAAGGCAAAGUAGACGGAUACUUAUCGUUAGAAGGUUUCCAUCAACUCCUUCUCUCUGCAGAUCAUGACAUUUUUUACAAAAGACAUCGAAUCAUCUACCAAGACAUGACGCUUCCCCUCCAAAAUUACUACAUCGCCUCAUCUCAUAACACAUACUUAUUGAGUGGUCAGUUGAUUGGAGAAAGUAGCAUUGAAGGUUACAUCCAAGCUCUCAUGCGGGGCUGCAGAUGUCUUGAAUUGGACACGUGGGACGGUCCGGACGGUGAGCCUAUUGUCUUCCACGGCUACACAUUAACCAGCCGAAUUCUUUUACGGGACAUCUUGCAAGCCAUUCAACAAUACGGGUUCCGAGCCUCUCAGUACCCUAUUAUUUUGUCUUUGGAAAAUCAUUGCAGCUUGCCAUAUCAGGUGAGAAUGGCAGAGCUCUUCGUAGAAAUUCUUGGUGAGUACCUGUACAAAGAUCCUGUGGGAGAGGAGGAAACUCAAUAUCCUUCACCUGAAGCUCUUGCGAGGAAAAUACUCAUAAAGGGUAAAAAAUUGCGAAUAGAUCCACAAGGUAUGAUGUCCCCUGAACUUCUGGAAGAAGAGGAAGACAGAGAAGAAGAAGUUUUAGCUACAACCAGGAAACUGGCUGAAAAUCCAGAAAUUCCAACUCAAGAAGGCUGUGAUGAAGUUUUAGCUGCUGCUCCCAUGGCUGCGCCAAGUCACGCUGUAGCUCUUGAGCUAUCGGAUCUUGUCAAUUACUUUUCUGCCCGGAGAUUUGAGUCUUUCGAAGAGAGUAAAGAAACCUGGAGUUUCUUCGAGAUGGCUUCCUUCCAAGAGACACGAGCAUUGUCUCUCGGAGACACCCAUGGAUCUGCUUUCGUGGAACAUAACAAGAUGUUUGUUUCGAGGAUCUACCCCAAGGGUACAAGGACAGAUUCCGGAAAUUAUGAUCCUAUCCCUCACUGGAAUCUAGGAUGCCAGUUGGUGGCACUGAACUAUCAAACCCGUGAUUACGCCAUGUAUAUGAAUGAAGCCAAGUUUGCGCAAAACGGAAAAUGCGGGUAUGUGCUGAAACCAGAUUAUCUGAUUGAUCGGAAAAUUUCCUACUCCCCUAGUGAAGCACCUCGUCCUGGACACGAAAUGCAAAUUGCUAUUCAGGUUAUAAGUGGACAACUGCUACCUAAACCAAACCGAGCUGAAGAAGGUGGGGUUGUAGAUCCUUAUGUUUCUAUUAAGGUUGUGGGUCAUCCCCUUGAUAAACAAAAAGCCAAGACCAAAUGGAUCAACAACAAUGGUUUUAAUCCAGUGUGGAACCAGACACUGAAUUUUGUGUUGCGAGCUCCUGAACUGGCAAUUUUCCAUUUCAGAGUAAAGACGGUAAAUGUAACGAGCAACGAGCUUAUUGGACAGUUCGCACUUCCUAGCAGCUCCCUUGCAGAAGGUUAUCGUCAUGUACAUCUGGAGGAUGCUGCAGGUCACAGCCUUCAACCGGCAACCAUAUUCAUCCAUGUAAAAAUCACUGAGCAUGCUCAGUACCGAAGAGGGAGCGUCAUCAAACAUUGAAUACUCCUGCAAAACUACUGAAGCUUAUAAGGGGUAAAACCAUGGAAGGCAUUUUUGAUCUCUGAGAUCUACGCUGAUGGUUCUCUUCAUUCAGCAUACUGAAAACAUAAAACGCACAUGAUUUAAUAACACCAAUUUCUCUUUCAUAACUCACAACUGAAGUAUUUUACUUUGGAAUUAAUUGAACUUUAUGAACCCUGAGUCGGAGGUUUGGUCGAUUAAAGUUUGUGAUAAUAAUAAAACUUAAGCUAAUGUAAGGUAGUUUCGUGAGCUCCGAAUUUCCCAAAUUUGAAUUGUUUUACAGGAGGAACUUUUUUUUUUCUUUUGUUAAUACAUUUUAAAUUAUUUAAGCAAUGAAAGUAAAACAGCUUGUAAAAUUAAGGUAACAAGCAGCGAAGAUUUAAAAAAAAUAUAUAGUUAUGCAUCACUGCAUAAAGGGCCACUAAAAUUAAGAUGUACUGAAUGUUUAGUACCUAAGCUUAUAUUUUAGAGGUUCCGAAAAGCAUAUGAUGGCAAAUGAGAUGUUUAAUUGCGAGCACCAAAAAAAAUUUAGAGUCAAAAAACAUUUUUGUAUAGACGUUUCACGUUUAAGGACUCGUUUAUUUGACUGACUGAAGUCUGAAAAGAAGGCAUAUCUUAACUAUUAAACAGUUAAUUUACAAUCAAUUUUCUUAUGCCUGAUUGUUGAGCUUUUGGAAACUUAGAAACGAGAACAGCUGUGAAGAAUGAGAAAACUUCUUUUUUAGAAUUUCUUAAACUUUUCCUGCAGUAGAUAAAAACAAAUUGAUCAAAUCGUCACCAAAAUAAAAAGAACAAGAACAGCUAAUAAAUUUCAAGAAUGAUAACGAAUCAUUUCCUGUUGCAAGUACUGGUAACUUGAACUAUAAGGCAUGAAAUGAUUUUUUAAAGAAACUUCUGUUUUACUUUUCCUUGCUCAUUUCCUUUAUAACGUAACACUUAUGAAGUGUUCUGAUAAACGCACAUAAAGAAAAUUCUACGUACGUUUUCUUCAGAAGAAAAUGUGACGAAUAUUUUUUAUGCAGCUGUUCACAGUCACUCGUAUGCAGUGCGACCAAAUCAAAAUGUGGCAACAGUUAUUGCAAAGAACUGUCAACAGCUAUUGAGCAGCUAUAGCUUGACCAAGAAGGGAUGGCGGGUGAACUCGAAGCUGAAACUGCACUAUACUGAAACGGACCACUUCAUUUUGCAAUAGGUAAGAUCAGCGGGGACACUCGACUUCACUGCUUGCGCGUUCUCUUUGAGUCGAAACCUAUUGCAAAAUGAAGUGGUCUGUUUUCGCUUCUAAUUCACCUGCCAUCUCUCCGUGGUCAAACUUUAAGCGUACUCCAGUAUUAAGCACUGUAAUGUAUAAAUUUCUUGUAUUCUUGUAUUAAGAAAAAUAAUCAUGCAUUAAGGUCAUGUAUCUACUUCAGAGCCUGACUGACGUGUCCAAAUAUAGCGAUUUUCAGUUUAUUGGUAGGGCAUUGUAUGCAGGAUGCAUGCACAGAAAUUUUGGGGCCCAUUACAAAUGACUUUUCCGGGCUCCCUCCAUAUUGUGUAACCCUAUAUUUAACCCAUAGUUUUAAAAAUAUUGGACCCAAUUCAGGCUCGAGCCAGGGCUAACAGGUGUCCUUUCUCCCUCUCUGUGCACGCCCCUGAUUGUAUGCAGUGGUGUUCCCAUAGGGUUAUACUCCAUAUACGUCGUAUACUCUCAAACAUUCUUUAGACAUAUAGCACGCUCAAGCUUCAAACAUUUUCACAUAAUGACAUAUUACGUAUAGGAUCGCAUACACAUAUUGUGCGUAAUGGAUUACUGGGAGUAUACCCUCAGAAAAAUAGGUGGGAACAUCAUUGAUUGUAUGUAGAAUACUAUUCCGCAUCGAGCCACGUGAACGUAAUUCUAAAAAAAAAAAAAAAAAAUCCUCCGCAAUUAUUUAAUUAUUUACCAGCAUUGAAAGAGCGCGCGUCCCAUCUUUUGCAUGUAUACCUGUCUACUCUCGCUUGUAAAAUCACGAUUAUGUGACUUAAGUUGUUCUGGUAGGCUGGUUCUAUUAGGUUUUAUGGCGCAUGAGCCUUGAUAGGCUAUUCCGUGCCAAAGGCCUCUGAGGUGCAGAUAUUAUGAAGUUAAAAUGUGUAACUAUUGUCAAUGUAUUUUCUUCAUGUGAAAUAAACUCCUUGUUUAAAGAAUCUGUGAUUGAAAGAAAGACAAAAUAAAUGUGAAUAUAUAUUUUUAAUAAAAAUAUUUUUCUUAAACCUUC